GAUGAAAGUGCACGCUCUCUUUACUCCCCUUAUAAUUUGCGUUAAUAUCGCGCGCGAUGGCCGAUGUCGUCGAGCUUCCUGUCGUGCCUCCACCACCUCCGUCAUCGUGGACACCCCCAACGAGCUCGGGGAAGUCGAUAUCGCCCCUCGUUGAACGGAAACUUCUGCCUGUCGGGCCCGCAUACCUUGCGCAUGUCAAGCGGGCGGUACAUAAGCUCACGUUUGAGGAACAUGACAAGCAUGCGGAAGACGAGCGGAAGCGUCUUGAGGUUCUACAUGGUGCAGGAAUAAACGGGGAAGAUGACCUUGGCGUCGGCGAUGAGGAGGAGACAGAAGAGCUGCUUUCUUUGGAUCCGAAGGAGUGGAAGAAACAAGACCACUAUGCCGUGCUAGGUCUUUCACAUCUUCGGUACACUGCUACGGAUGAUCAGAUCAAGAUUGCGCAUCGAAAGAAAGUACUCAAGCACCAUCCCGACAAGAAGGCGGGCGUAGCUGGCGACUCAAAUGACGACGCUUUUUUCAAGUGCAUUCAGAAGGCCUUCGAGGUUCUCACUAAGCCAGAGCGCCGGCGUCAAUUUGAUUCGGUCGACCCAUACUAUGAGGCACUGGAGUCGGAUGUACCCACUGCAUCCGAACUGAAGAGUGCCAAGGACACGCAGUACUUCUUCAAGGUUUUUACACCCGUGUUCGAGCGUGAGGCGCGCUUUAGCAGAAAGCAGCCUGUUCCGAUGUUGGGCUCAUACGACGAUACCAAGGGGAAGAUCGAGGAAUUCUACGAUUUCUGGUACAACUUCGACAGCUGGAGGAGCUUCGAGUAUCUCGACAAGGAGGUGAAUGAGGGUAGUGAUAACCGUGAUGACAAGCGGUACACGGAAAAGAAAAACAAGUCCGAACGUGCCAGGCGUAAGAAGGAGGACACUGCGCGGUUGCGCAGUAUUGUCGAUCUAGCUCUUCAGUAUGACCCCCGAAUCAAGAAGAUCAAUCAGGAGGAGAAGAAGGCGCGUGAAGCGAAAAAGAACAAGGCUCGCGCAGCAAAUGGCAUGAGCCAAAAGGAGAAGGAGGAGGAGCAAAAGAAGGCAGAGGAGGAGGCCAAGCGGAAAGAGGAGGAAGAGAAGGCUGCUCGUUUGGAGGCUAAAAAGGCGAAAGCUGCUGCAGCGAACGCUGCGAAAAAGGCCAGGCGGCAAGCGCGCGCUGCCGAGGGUGCUGAUGCAGGCGCUGCCUGACCCACUCAUUGCCGGCCCACGCUAUCUCCUUGCACGCACCAUUGCAUACCAGACUCCGGUUGUUCCCUCAUUGACAUGCUGUACGCUGCUCUGUUGCAUUAGAUCUGUCUGCUGUUAGACCGAAAUUCAUGGCGAUCUGCAUGGAAUUACCUGUGCUGGCGGAGAUUCAAUAUUGGACGAGGUGCUCAUGGAUUGGAGUGUUUAUACUGAAGGCUCUAUUCUUAUGUGGAUCAACUUGCGCAAUUUUCUGAGGUUUUAGGCACUCGCGGGAGAUCAACUUGGUGCGUGGGCUCUCAUUUACUGUUUGAUGGAUGAAUAUUGGUACAUCAAUAGACACAAAGAUCACCCAGUCCUCAUAUGAAUGUCAUGGACGUAUGGCUUAUUCGCA